GGGGAGCACUGACGUCAGCGCGCAGUCACCGCCGGCGUGGGGGGAGGGAGGAGUGGAGCCAAAGGAGCGCCGCGCACAGCAUCCACUCGGAUGAAACGUCCUCAUCCCUCCCUCCCUCCUUCUCGUCCUUCUUACGUCGGCGCGGCUGCGUCGGGGAGCCCCCCUCGCUCCCAGGCUAUAUAAGACACCUGCGAGCAGAGUCCCUCACACACUGUCACCGGAUCGAGGCGAGCCGAGCCGAACCGAGCGCUGCGAUGAAGCACGUCCAAUAACCGACGAGUGCUUGUGUGCCAAGCGGGAUAUUUUCUUCCCCCCCACCAUCCGUAACAAGUAUGUACCGCUCAACUAAAGGAGCCUCCAAGGCCAGACGGGACCAGAUCAACGCCGAGAUCCGCAACCUCAAGGACUUGUUGCCCAUCUCCGACGCGGACAAAGCCAAGCUAUCCUACCUUCACAUCAUGUCGAUGGCGUGCAUGUACACCAGGAAAUCCGUCUUCUUCUCAUCGCCGGAGGCGGGAAGCGCAUCAGUGGAGCCGAGCGCCCGCUUCCUGUCCAUGCCCGAGCUGUCCGACCUGAUGCAGGCCAUACCGGGCUUCCUCAUGCUGCUCACAGCCGAGGGGAAGCUGCUCUACCUGUCCGACACAGUCUCCGACCACCUGGGCCACUCCAUGGUGGACCUGGUGGCGCAGGGAGACAGCGUGUAUGACAUCAUUGAUGCUUCAGAUCAGAUGACUGUCAGAAAUAAUCUGUCCAGCACAGCCUCCCCCGAGAUGGAUCGUCUGUUCCGGUGCCACUUCAACACCUCCAAGUCGGUGCGCAGGCAGAGCGCCGGGAACAAGUUGGUUCUGAUCCGAGCUCGCUGCCUCUCUGCGCCCUCCGCUUCGCCAACCGCCAGCGCGACGCCCGGAUCCUACUGGACCUCUAAUCCGGUCUGGGUGUGUUUCUGCUCCCCUUUGGAGAGCCAUCCUGCCCGCUGUGGACCAGAAAGCACAUCUGGUGCUCCUCCUCUGGCCGACACCAACCUGUUCCUGGAAGGGUUUCACUCCCAGCACGGGCGCGACAUGAGGCUGCGCGCUGCACAUGACAGUGUGCACUCUUAUCUGGGCUACGACGUGGCCACGUUAUGCUCCUGCUCCUGGUACAGCCUCCUCCACCCGCACGAUCUGUCACACGCCUCCGCUCAGCACCGAAGCCUGCGUAAGUGUUCACUCACAAAACACCCACGCGUACGCAGGAACAGCAACACCAUGCCUACUAGUGCCACACUGAGAAAACCAAGGGGGAAAAAAAUAGAGAGGAUGAUUAAUGGGAUUACUAAGUUGUGCUAUGACUCAACAGUGCGAGAGGGAGGAGAAGGCCGAGCAGAGAUGGUGGUGCGCCUGCAAGCUCAGGACCAGACGUGGGUUUGGCUCUACAUGGUGCUCCAGCUGCAGCCCGGAGACGUCCCUAUCAGCAGCAGCAACUACGUCAUCAGUGAGUCGGAGGCCUGGUCAGUGCGUCAACAGAUGAGCUCCGAGCAGACUAAGCUCAGCCUAGUCCUGAGCUCCGGCCCCUCCCAGCAGGAAAGUCUCCAGUCCCCCGACACCCUGUCCAGCCCCGACCAGGUGUUCACGCCCGGCAGCAGCGGCCUGUCGGGCCAGUCCUUCGACUUCAGUACGGCGGGCUGCAGCGUGGCCUCCUCCGACGAACGGGCGAGCUCCGCGACAGAGGCCAUGCAGGUGGAGGGGGAGCCUCGCUCCAGCAUCUCGUCCCUGGAGGAGGAGGUCUUUUUCCAGCCGCCUCCGGUGCGCAGCCCCUCGGCGGCGCCCUCUCCAACCCCGGUCACGGUGGAGACGGUGUCCGAUUUGGACUUUUUAACCCAGAACAUUCUCAUGCCACCCUCGUUCGAGCUGGACCCCCCUCUGCCGGCUCUCCCCCUGCCGCUCCCACCCAUGCCCACCUCGCAAACUCAGCAGACCAAAGAGUUUGUGUGCACGCCUCCUUACACCCCCCACAUUGGAGGGGCUAGCUUCCCGUUCGGGGAACCCCUCUUCAGCUUCGACCCCACCGGCACCACCACGCCUCCCCCGUCCGCCACCACGUCCACGGCCACCACCUCCAUGGCCGCUUCGGCUUCCUCCGCGGCGCCGCCCACUACCACCGCCUCCAGCCCCACACCGCCGACCAACCUGUCCACCAAGCUCCCCCUGAGCCUUCCCAACCUGUCCACGGAACUUCUCUUCGCAGUGGAUCCCUGCUGCGGAGCCCUGUACGAGAAACUGCCCCCCACGCCAGACAGCCCGGGGGACGGCGACUGCACGGUGAUGACCCUUCCCGAGGUUCGGGGUCCGCUCUACGUCGACGUGCCCUUGGGGCCUCUUCAGUGUCCCCCCGAGGGGCUCCUCACCCCCGAGGCGUCCCCUGGAAAACAACCUUGCCUCUCUUUCUUCUCCCUGGAGAGAGAGCGGGAGAAGGAGAGGGCGGAGAUCUCCCUGCUGGCCCAGCACAUCAGCUCCCUGGCCGAGGGGUUCUACCUGGACCCCCUCCUGUCCAAGCUAUCGCCUCCGUCCAUGUCCCCCUUGUCCAACCCUCCGUCUCCCUUCCAACCUCCUGCCGAGAUGCUUCGCGAAUUUUAUCCCAUCAAAGCGUGGCGAGGCCUGGACAUUCCCGUGUUCCUGGAGGACGACACCUCUCUGUUUGAAGAGAGCAUCCUGGACACCCUCCUCCAAGACGUGCCCCCUCGGUCCCCCUCACCGAUCCCCAACCCGGACCCAUCGAGCCCGGCGUCUCCUCAGACACCAGUGUGCUGGCACCAAGCCUCCCAGUUUGGGGGAGCGGGCCAAUUCUGUAGCGUCCAAUCGGCGCAACCUAACUUGGCGGACGGGUGCGGGGAGACCGACGAGGCCGCAAUGGAGGAGGAGAUGACGGAGGAAGCCAUGGAAAUGGAGGUGGCGUCAUCUCCCAUGACCUCGUGCUCCUCCAUACCGGCUUCUCCUCCGCUCAUCCUCACCGCCUCGCCGGGCCCCACUACUGCUGCCUCUACCACGCCGGUCGUCUCCCCCGCACCCACCGCCUCCUGCGCUCAGUCCCUCCUGGAGGAACUGGCCGUGCUGGAGCCCAUGUUUGGGGCAGGUGCCUCGAUCGCCCCUGGUUUAGGGCAACAACCUGAGUUGUAUCAACUCCAGUGUCAUCCAUCGCCACAGUGCUUCCACAAAGAUGGGAGUGGAAGCAUCCCUCCGUUCUAAAAUAAGUCUGUGACUUACUUCAUCAAGUAUGGCAUAUUGUCAUAUUUUGUGGAGACACACUUUUACUGCAAAGUAAAACAUAUUUAAGUGUAUAAAUAUACAUAAUGUAUAAAGGACUGAUGCCUACAUGUCUCUUCCGAGAACAAAAAAUGGGCUUUCUAUUUUUUGUUCCAUCAUUAAGCUGUAUUCUAUUAAACCUGGUGCAACAUUUAAAACAACAACAUGGACGCCCGACUGACUGAGUCCUGAGUCCAUGUGUUGUCCCCCGCUUCAGAUGCGCCAUCUGAACCCGUUAAGCGUUGUUUAACUUACAGACAUGCAUUUGUAUUCACUCGUAGUGAAAAAAUAUCUGUUGUGAACGUGGACAAAAAAAAAAAAAAAAAAAAAAGCUUUUUUUAAUAUAGAGUUGAUUUAUGACUUCUAGCACUUUUUUUGCCUGACGCAAACUCAAAACUCAAAAGGUACUCGAGUGUGAUAUUUACACACAUUUUGAAUUGAAAGCACACUCCCAAACUCUACUAAGCUUUUGUAUUCUGAGUUUGCGGCUUGAAAACCUUUAACAUUCCAUAUCUGUCUGUCCAUCUGAACUUGCGUUGACCUGUGCGAUGUGCAACAAACAAACAGAAAAAAAAAGCAUGUAAAGAGAUGCUGGCUUAUGCCACCUAUGCGCUCUUUCUUUGUACUGUAUAUUGUAUUUAGACUCUGAAUGUGGAC